GUCGGAGUGGUUACAGUUAGGGGAGCCCGGCGGACAAAGCCGUCAACGCAUGUUUUGAGCUUAACUCAUAAAUUCAUUUCUUGUCGGUGCUACCGUAGUAUAAGCGUACAAAAGUUUUGUACCUGUGAACAUUGUGGGCGUGAGUUCUUUUUCGUCAUUCUUUAUCAGGAAGGCGGCGCCGACCGUGAGUAGCGCGCCCCGCGUGCCCGCCAACCGCGAGAGAUGGACCGGAUACUGCGCCUGGGCGGUGGCAUGCCGAACCUCGGCCAGCAGGCGCCUUCUGGCGACGGGCCGACGGUCGACACGGCCGAGCAGGUCUACAUCUCGUCACUGGCGCUGCUGAAGAUGCUGAAGCACGGCCGCGCCGGCGUGCCCAUGGAGGUGAUGGGCCUGAUGCUGGGCGAGUUCGUGGAUGAGUACACGGUGCGCGUGAUCGAUGUGUUCGCCAUGCCGCAGUCCGGCACCGGCGUGUCGGUGGAGGCGGUGGACCCGGUGUUCCAGGCCAAGAUGCUGGACAUGCUGAAGCAGACCGGCCGUCCGGAGAUGGUGGUCGGCUGGUAUCACUCGCAUCCCGGCUUCGGCUGCUGGCUCUCCGGCGUCGACAUCAACACGCAGCAGAGCUUCGAGGCGCUCUCGGAGCGCGCCGUCGCCGUGGUCGUCGACCCCAUCCAGUCGGUGAAGGGCAAGGUGGUGAUCGACGCGUUCCGGCUCAUCAACCCGAACGUGGUGGUGCUGGGCCAAGAGCCGCGCCAGACCACUUCCAACCUGGGCCACCUGCAGAAGCCGUCGCUGCCGGCACUCAUCCACGGCCUCAACCGGCACUACUACUCCAUCUCCAUCAACUACCGGAAGAACGAGCUGGAGCAGCGCAUGCUGAUGAACCUCAACAAGGAGACGUGGAUGGACGGUCUGCAGCUGCAGGACUAUCAUCAGCACUGUUCUGUCAACGAGCGCACCGUCAAGGAGAUGCUGGACCUGGCCGUCAGCUACAACAAGUCGCUCGAGGAGGAGGAGACCAUGACGCCCGAGCAGCUGGCCAUCAAGAACGUCGGCAAAAUGGACCCGAAGCGGCACCUGGAGGAGAAGGUGGGCACCCUGAUGACCUCCAACAUCGUUCAGUGUCUGGGCGCUAUGCUGGACACGGUCGUGUUUAAGUGAGCGCCGGCCGGAGUUGCGGCCGGUGAGGUCGGUACGGGCUGACCAGGCGAACCUUGUCAUGUGGUGGUGGCAACUGCGCCGCCCUGGACGCGUACUGUGUUUUCUCGCUGCAUCAUUUUCGUUGAAAAAAAUACAGGUAAAACGUAU